CAGGGACAAAACACCGGCACCACGCGUGGGGAGCUAGCGCGCCGACGGCGCCCGCGUGGGGACAAAACACCUGCACAGCGCGCGUGCCCAUACCCGUCUGGAGGCCGCACAUGGCGGCGCUGGCGCUGGGCGACGUGCGCGAUGCGGAGCGGAGGCUGCGGGGGCGGCUGCACCGAACCCCGGUGCUCACCAGCCGCUGUCUCGACUGCUUGGCCGGCCGGAGGCUGCUCUUCAAGUGCGAGCUGUUCCAGAGGACCGGAUCCUUCAAGAUCCGCGGUGCCCUCAGCGCAGUCAGGAGCCUGGUUGAGGACAGCGAGCGCACUGGAGCGGGGCUGCCCCGCGCUGUCGUGACACACAGCAGUGGGAAUCACGGACAGGCACUGGCCUGUGCAGCCCAGCAGGAAGGAAUUCCUGCCUACAUCGUGGUGCCCCGGACAGCCCCACGCUGUAAGCAAGAUGCCAUCCGCACCUACGGCGCCACGCUGGUGCCGUGUGAGCCCAGCGAUGAGUCCAGAGCCAAGACAGCAGCUCGUGUAGUCCAGGAGACAGGAGGAGUCAUGGUGCACCCCAACCAGGAGCCGGCAGUGAUUGCGGGGCAAGGAACAAUCGCCCUGGAGGUGUUGGAGCAGGCACCCGAGGUGAACGCAGUGGUGGUUCCUGUCGGGGGUGGAGGAAUGAUUGCAGGAAUAGCAGUUGCCAUCAAGGCUCUGAGACCAGAUGUGAAAGUGUUUGCUGCCGAGCCACGCAACGCAGAUGACUGUUACCAGUCCAAGGUAAGGGGCGAACUCACCCCCAACCCUCAUCCACCGAACACCAUUGCAGAUGCAGUUAAAACCAGCAUCGGACCAAACACUUGGCCCAUCAUCAGGGAUUUGGUUGAUGAUGUCCUGACAGUCUCAGAGGAAGAAAUCAAGCGAGCCACACGGCUGGUGUGGGAAAGGAUGAAGCUGCUGAUUGAGCCAACAGCCGGUGUGGGAGUGGCAGCCGUGCUCUCGGAGCAGUUCCAGGCCGUCCCUCGGGACGUGGAGAAUGUUUGCAUCGUGCUGUGCGGGGGAAACGUGGACCUGAGCUCCCUGACCUGGCUCACAGACCUCCCUGGGAAAGCAGAAUGAGAAUGGAGCAGUCUCAAGUGACAGAAACCUCACUCUACGUUUGUACAGCUGGGUUUGGGCACUACUAAAAACGGAACAACCCCAAACGUUUGAAAGUUUUUGUGGAGGGAUAAGGGAAGCGGCAUUGGUCUCUGCAGCAGAGUCACUCGGUUCCAAAACCGAGUCGCUACUGAGGGGCCUGGAAACAAAGCCCUGCCUGUUUUCCCUCUCCAGCCACCCUGCUCUGGACAAGUUUCCAGUGAGCUGCACUCAGGCCCUCUCCCCAGCUGCUACUUCGCCUUUCUUAGCAUCACAAUAA